UGCUGUGCUGCAGAGGUUUCAAUCAUGGAAACCCGCACGUUACUGUUUGCGGUAUAUAUUUCACCAGGUACCACCCUGAAGCAAAAGAAAUAUUUCUUAGUGCGCAACCUCAUAAAGUACACCCAUGUUGCCAUGCCCGUGGUAGUGUCGGGAGACUUUAAUAUUGAUGUGACGAAAGAGGAGAACAGAGAUUUCAUCUGGUUCAUGAAGCAGUUUCUCUAUCUGGAUUGUGCUUCGGAUCCAACUAUAGCGACUACUCUGGGUGGCACAUGUCUCGAUCUAACGUUCACCCGGAACGUAAGUGUGGAAUGCAGGAGAUACUGCACGUACUUCUCCUACCACCGGCCUAUUUUGUCGAUUCUUGCGGUGUCCCGAGAACCGAUGCCAUCCCAGUGAAGUGAAUUAACGUCACUGAUCGUCGUUGGUCCGCUAGUUCAUCUGCCAAAACGUUCGAUUUCAACCAGAAUGACCAAUCAUUGACAUCAGCCGGACAGUCCGUAGCAAAAAUAGAUAAUUGAUCCUGAAAAUGAAACUUGAGUAUUUGAUUCAGCCCAACAGUGGAUUGAUGCAUCCUUUAACAUUCAUCAGGACCACGGCGUACAUCACUUCAAAAGGCUUCAAGCCAACAUAAACAAACGGCCCUUUUCAGGGCCACCAAAUAUUCAUGGAGGAAGAUGUUGUUGAGGCUGUUGUUUACCGAUCUUCUGUUUCUUUAAUACUCUGCUUAUAGUUAUAAACCGAAAUGAGUUUAUAGUAACAAUCGGGUUUUCGCCCAUUUAUUUCCAGGAUAUGCGACAUGUCGAGGAUAUUCCAACCCAGAUUGAAUAUACAGCCCCAUCUUCAAAAAUCAGCACCAAGAAACAUAUUUAGAGUUUCAAAAUAAAAUCUUCUACACUUACGUAAUCCUACGUCCAAUUGGCGGUCGUGUCUCGGAU